GCCGGGACGCGCGCCGUGGGCGCGUCGGUGACCAGACGGCAGCGGCGGCGGCAGCCGCACGCGCGUCCCGGCCUCCGUCCCCGCGGCGCCGCGGCCCCGGCCCCUUGCCCGCCCGGCCAUGCCGCCGCCCGUGCCGCCCACCGAGCUGGUGCCGUCGGAGCGCGCCGUGGUGCUGCUGUCGUGCGCGCUCUCCGCGCUCGGCUCCGGCCUGCUGGUGGCCACGCACGCCCUGUGGCCCGACCUGCGCAGCCCGGCACGGCGCCUCCUGCUCUUCCUGUCGCUGGCCGACCUGCUCUCGGCUGCCUCCUACUUCUACGGGGUGCUGCAGGACUUCGCGGGCCCCUCGUGGGACUGCGUGCUGCAAGGCGCGCUCUCCACCUUCGCCAACACCAGCUCCUUCUUCUGGACCGUGGCCAUCGCCCUCUACCUGUACCUCAGCAUCGUCCGCGCGGCGCGCCAGCCUCGGACCGGCCGCCUGCUCUGGGCCUUCCACGUCGUCAGUGCAUUUGUUAUCUUGGCUGAAAGGCGUUCGGCAGCAGUCCGCUCGCGCCGACCAAAGAUGGAGCAACAGAAUCCGACCAAGAAGGAAGGGAGGCUUACACUCAUACUUUUACUGGCAACGCUGAUAGCCGCAUUUGGGUCAUCCUUCCAGUAUGGGUACAAUGUGGCCGCCGUUAACUCCCCUGCCGAGCUCAUGAAAGCAUUUUAUAAUGAGACCUACUAUGAACGUAACAAUAACUACAUAAAUGAGUUUUCCUUGACAUUGCUGUGGUCUGUUUCUGUGUCCAUGUUCCCCUUUGGAGGCUUCAUCGGCUCCCUCAUGGUUGGCCCCUUGGUGAAUAAACUUGGCAGGAAAGGGACUUUGCUCUUCAACAACAUCUUCUCCAUUGUCCCCGCGAUCUUAAUGGGGUGCAGCGAGGUUGCCCGGUCGUUUGAGAUGAUCAUUGUGUCCAGACUUCUGGUGGGAAUAUGUGCAGGUCUGUCUUCCAAUGUUGUCCCCAUGUACCUGGGGGAGCUGGCCCCCAAAAACCUGAGGGGGGCCCUCGGGGUGGUACCUCAGGUCUUCAUCACCAUCGGCAUCCUCGUGGCUCAGAUCUUUGGUCUUCGGAGCCUCCUCGCAAACAAAGAAGGCUGGCCGAUCCUCCUCGGGCUGACCGGGAUCCCGGCGGCCCUGCAGCUCCUGUUCUUGCCCUUCUUCCCCGAGAGCCCCCGGUACCUGCUGAUUCAGAAGAAGGAUGAAGUAGCUGCCAGAAAUGCGCUGAAGAGGCUGCGCGGCUGGGACGACGUGGGCUCGGAGAUGGAGGAGAUCUGGCAGGAGGACGAGGCCGAGAAGGCCGCGGGCUUCAUCUCUGUGCUGAAGCUGUUCAGCAUGAGGUCCCUGCGGUGGCAGGUCAUCUCCAUCAUCAUCCUCAUGGGCGGCCAGCAGCUGUCAGGAGUGAACGCAAUCUACUACUACGCAGACCAGAUCUACCUGAGCGCGGGGGUGAACGAUCAUGACGUCCAGUAUGUGACGGUGGGCACGGGGGCUGUCAACGUGCUGAUGACCGUCUGUGCCGUGUUCGUGGUGGAGCUCUUGGGGCGGCGGGUCCUACUCCUCCUGGGCUUCUCCGUCUGCUUCACGGCCUGCUGCGUGCUCACGGCCGCUCUGGCCCUGCAGGACACAAUAUCCUGGAUGCCUUAUGUCAGCAUCACCUGCGUCAUCUCCUACGUCAUAGGACACGCCCUUGGGCCCAGUCCCAUCCCCGCGCUACUGAUCACGGAGAUCUUCCUGCAGUCCUCCCGGCCGUCCGCCUUCAUGGUGGGGGGCAGCAUCCACUGGCUCUCCAACUUCACUGUGGGCUUGAUCUUCCCCUUCAUCCAAGUGGGCCUCGGACCUUACAGCUUCAUCAUUUUUGCUGUGAUUUGUCUCCUCACCACCGUCUACAUCUUCCAGGUUGUCCCCGAGACCAAGGCCAAGACAUUCAUGGAGAUCAAUCAGAUUUUCACCAAGAUGAAUAAGGUGUCAGAGGUGUACCCAGAGAAGGAGGAACUAAAGGACUUUCCAGUCUCUGCUUCGGGCACUAACUCAAGCAGAGGAGCCUGUUAAGUGGGUCUGUGUGGAGCUUCCCUCCGGGGCUUGCUUUCUGACCGACAGGUGUCUGUGAACACCCGGAACUAGGACCAGCCCGGUGUGGAACGCAGGCCCCACUGGGACUGCCCAAAGGGCUUCUGUGCUCUCUCCAGACUGACCCACCACCAACCCCGACUCGCUGUGAGCAGGCGCCCCUCACCAAGUGGGUUCGCCGUUGGGUAGCUCCUAAUAACACCAGCUCUUACGACAAAAGUCUUUACUACAGUGGCGGGACAGAAGGAACCCCAUCUGGCCGGAGAAAUGAACUCCUCUGCAAUCCCACGGGUCUGCUCGGGACCGGAGGCAUUCUUCCUCCUGCCAGAUCCAUCUCCAGGAAUACCAGCCCUGGAAUAUGUGAUGUCCCAAGUAAUGAUGUCUAAGAACCUAGGGCAGGUCCCUGCGGAGACAUCAACGAGUCAGAGAUUCUUAAUCGUGAAUUAUAUCGCUGGAGGACAUUGGCAUUGCCUCUGUAUGCUCAGGAAAACACGUAUGAUCACUUCUCACCAACACAUGCUUCUUUCCUGUGAGCAGGUAGAAGACACGGGGGGGCGGUGCCUCCCUGCUCCUUCAAGCAGUCUGUGUUGGAGCAUCGGCCGCUCAAGGGUGCGGGUUUGUCCCGGAAUCCCUGCCUAGGACAGGGCCUGGCGUGGAGGAGGUGCUGAGACAGUAUUUGCUGGAAGAAGGGGAGCAGCGAGAGAGGAGGUGUUCACAGAGUGGUGAUUUUUUAAAAUUUAAGAUCGGGGCUCCUCUGCAUGUCUUCAGGUGCAUGGUGAACACCGAGGGGCCCUGAAAGUGAGAUGGGGAAGGGGGGCCGGGAGGAGGAGGGAUGCCCCCCCACACAUAUGGCACAUACAGCAGAGCUGGGGGCUUUUCUUAAAGACAUACGUUCACACAUGUGUGUGUGCGCGUGCGUGUGUGUGUGGCGGGAGGGGGGGACAGGAUGCGAGAUCUGCUCCUGGGCAUGAAGGAGGCAGAGCCAGGGACAGGGUGGGACAGAGGUAGGAUUAGGAGCAGCCUUUGUAAGGGUGGAAUGGGGAUCCUACAGGUGAUUAAUUAAAUAACUCACAGGAGUAAUGAGGGCCCAGAAGUGAAGAGUCCCCUGCUGGGGUUGGGGCACCCUUGACCUCCAGGUGCAGGGACCUGCCGUGCCAAGGGGGCACGGGAACCAGCCGCACACAGCAGGAGCUCUCAACACGGAGGAGCGGUCCAGCUGGGAUCUCAGAAUCCAGGAGGCUGGAGCCCCAGUCCUUGGUCCUGCCACUUCGUGAUGGUGUGACAUGCACUUUCUGCUCGGCUUUCCUGUAUGUUAGUUUCCUCUUCUGUUAGACAGAACUAAUAACAAGUGUCUCACAUGGUAACGAGGAUGAAAGAAUAUGUUUAUGGUGUUUAGAUCAGCGGCUGGCAUGUAUUCUGUACUUAGUUAUUUUUAAGAGCUUGAGAAUGAGCAUUGAUCUUGAGGACAAAUAAACCCAUAGGUAAAAAUGCAGCAAGAGACCACUAUCCAUGUAUAACUGGAAUUAAGCAAUUAAGUAAAUGGAUGGCAGAUGGUGAGAGCCAUCUCACUGGUGGAGAUAAGCCAAGACAGGGAGCCUGGGAUGAUCCACGUGGUCCUAGAUGAACGUUGGAGAUCCUGGUAUGAGCUCACAUUCAGUUUAAUAUAAACACAGAUAGCUACCUAUAGAAAUACUGGGGUGCCUGGGGGCUCAGUUGGUUAAGCAUCUGACUCUUGAUUUGGGCUCAGGUCAUGAUCUCAGGGUCGUGAGAUCGAGCCCUGAGUCGUGGAGCCUGCUUAGGAUUCUUUCCCUCUCCCCCUCCCCUACCUCCUCUCUAAGAAAAAGAAACACUUGAGGGCAUGUGUAUUUCCAUGGGUUAGGAAACACAAGAGGGAGGCAUGGGCCUGGUUGCAUGGGAAGGGAGGUGUGGGAUCAGGGAAGACCACAGCAUCUCCCCCGUGCAGAAGAAGCAGUAGGAAAGGGAAGGAUGGACAUUCCAGGUGAGAGAAGCACACUGAGGUGUUCAGGGGAACUGUGGGUCGGUCUGAAGUGAAGCCGGGAAGGUGUGGGUCCUUGUGAGCCAAAUUGAGUUGGAACUGAGUCCUCAACACAACCUGGGUGAUCACCUAGUCUAAGGGAGGACUGUGGCAGUAAUAAGGAUGGGGGGGGGGCCUUGAGUAGGGGGACCGGUUGGCAAGAAAUAAGGGGGCCCUGCAGAGCCAGCAGAGGUCGGGCCAAGAUGUGAGAGAAUUCAGAGAGAGACCAGUAGGAUUUAAGGACCCGUCGGCCCUCACAGGUGAGGCACCUUGCCGCCUUGCUCGGUUUCCGACAGGCCAGGGGUGGAGGGUGGAGGGGGCGGAGCGGCAGGCUUGGGGAGAAGACAGUAACAUUUUUGGACAUGUGGAGAUGGAGGAGCUCAUGAAAUAUGUAAGAAGUGUCUAGAAGGACAUGAGUCACGUGGCUCUGGAGCUCAGGAGAGAGAGACCACAUUCACAUAACUAUUAUAGUAUAUUGGUAUAAUUGUUGUCUUUUAUUGUUAAUUUCUUACUGUGCCUAAUUUCUAAAUCAAACUUGAUCACAGGUAUGUGUGUAUAGGAGAAAAAAUAAUGUACCCAAGGUUCAGUGCUAUCCACAGUUUCGUGGGGCUCUGGGAGGGGAUCCCCCAUGGAUCAGGGGGGACUACUAUAUUUCUUGCUUCCUCCUUCACGAUGCCUGUUUGUCUAUUUUAUCACGUGACAUGUACAUGUACGGAACUUCUAAAAAAUAAAUAUGCAUACACUGGAGGUUUGUGUUCAAAACUUUGU